AUGGCAGUCCAUCGCCUCCUGCACCGCUCGAGACAGCUGGACAAAUCUGGGCCGCACGGGGGGCUCGACCGCGACAUUGUAGACUUUCACAGAGCUCCAUCCGCGCCGAAGGCGAGUUUCGUCGCGCUUUUGAGUUCGACCACGGCCGUGCGCGCGGUGCUUGCUCGGGGUGUGGCGCGGCCCGUCAGUGAAGGUAACGUCCACGCAGAGCGGCUCAUUGCACACCCGCGCUCCAUUUUCGCAGCUCCGCCACGCUACUCGCAAUGCGUGGACACGCGAUGCCGCCGAGACUGCAAGCCCGUACGAGGUGCGCGGCCUCCCGCACAGUCGAGCCCCUUCGACGAGUUCUCGCCAUUGUCUGACGGCAGAAACGAGGACGACUUCAACAUGGACGCAUUCCGCUGGCCCGCCGACCGCUCCAUGCUCUACUCCGAGCGUCACGGUACCCCCGGCGUCUUCAGCGAUCUCGUCUCAUAGUGGCGUCGCGCGGAGCUUUCUCACCAGCUUGACACGGGAGGACCGACCGUGUGCGGAGAGUAGUAGCUCAUCUCGCAAGCGGGCAGGGCGGCGAAUUUGCAAGGGUGCGCGGCGGACGCGCUGUCAAGUGCAUUGCUGCGGGACGGCGUCUUCGGCUGGCCCGUUUCUUAGUCAUUGUGCCCAUUGCGCGCGGUAUUGCGCGGGCGCGCAUUGUCCUACCGUGCGGCUCUACUAGUACGCGCUGCCGCGAACUGUGAAUGGGACGGCGAGCGCGUCGUACGGUGCGUACGAGGCCCGCGAGAUUCCAGUACAAGACAGCACGGCGCGGGCGCACCUAUGUACAUACUGAACGAGGCCGAGCGCCGAAUGCGCGCAUUCGCAGAGGUCGACUCGCCUCCGCCUCGCUAUCGCACUCGUCCGCGGGCAUGUCGCGAGAAAAC